AUGCCUUCUAGUGAACUCUUCAGAGACAUGCUCGCUCCCCGCGUGCUCGGCAACUUUGAUGGCGUCACCUGCGUAGGCGCCAAACGCCUCCUAGCAGGCCUCAUCGCCGUCUCAGCCAUCUGCAUCCUCGCAAUCUACCUCGCAGUCCACUUCCGCAUCUGCCUCGCCCGCGACAAAAAGUCCUUCCGCUCCCUCGCCGCUGACUUUGACACGCUCGAAAAAGUCCACAAGACGCUCAAGAACCAGCACGAAUUCAUCCGCGAGGACUGCCGUAACUUGCAGAUGACGCUCGACUUUUAUAUCAAGGAGUACGGUCGACACCCGCGCCAUAAUCAGUUGCGGUUCGAGCCUGGGCAGGGGAAGCAGACUUCGGGUGUGACCGAUGGCGGCUCCGCUUAUGGCCAUGGACGGUUGCGUGAGGAUGAGGAUGUCUUUGUGGUUGAAGAGCCUUCGCAGGAGGAUCUGAAUGGUGGGGUCGAGGAGGGUGAUGUCGCGGAUGGUGGUGAUCGUGUUCCGCGGUUCAGCGAGGAGGAGGAAAAGAUGAGGAAGGCAAAGGGGCCGCGUAUUCAGGCGAUUGCAGCUGGUAUGCAGGAUGUUCCGCUGACACCUCCCGCUCAGGGACAAGGUACUAGCUAUGGCACCUGA